CACCCAGUCCACCAUUGCAAGAAUCCGGCCGCAACAAAAGAGGUGAACCAUAAUCCCUUGACAUUCCCUGGAAGGGCCGCUGGAGAGAAAAGAUGGACCCGGCCGGAGUGGGACCCCUGGAAGGCAGGACUGACCCCCGAGAGGCCAAGGGCAACACCAGCCAAGUGACCAAUGGAGGUGGGCAGCCCAAGCCAGUGGCAGCGGCGUGGGAAGAAGCCAAGGCGUUCUAUGACAACCUGUCGCCCAAGAAGAAACCCAAAUCGCCAAAGCCGCAAAACGCCAUCACGAUUGCGGUGUCCUCCCGGGCACUUUUCCGUAUGGAGGAAGAGCAAAAGAUCUACAGCGAGCAAGGCGUGGAGGCCUACGUGAAAUACCAGCUGGAUCAUGAGAAUGAGCCUUUCCUUCCCGGAGCUGCCUUCCCAUUUGUCAAGGCCCUGGAAGCGGUCAACAUGCAGCUGAGAGAGCUCUAUCCGGACAGCGAGGAGCUCUUUGAUAUCGUCCUGAUGACCAACAACCACGCUCAAGUGGGUGUCCGCUUGAUCAACAGCAUCAAUUACUACAAUCUGUUUAUUGAGAGGUUUUGCAUGACAGGUGGAAACAGCCCCAUCAACUACCUGAAAGCGUACCACACCAACCUCUAUCUUUCAUCUGACAAUGAGAAAGUGACUGAAGCCAUAGAAGAGGGGAUUGCUGCAGCCACCAUCUUCAGCCCCAACCGGGACGUGCAAGUCUCUGAAGAACAGCUGCGCGUUGCCUUUGAUGGGGACGCCGUCCUUUUCUCGGAUGAGUCUGAGCAGAUUGUGAAAGCUCACGGCCUUGAUAAGUUCUUUGAGCACGAGAAGACGUAUGAGAACAAACCGCUAGCUCAGGGGCCUCUAAAGGGCUUCCUGGAAGCCCUGGGGAAGCUUCAGAAGAAGUUCUACUCCAAAGGCCUGCGCCUGGAGUGCCCCAUCCGCACUUACCUGGUCACGGCCCGCAGCGCUGCCAGUUCGGGGGCCCGGGCUCUCAAGACCCUCCGGAGCUGGGGACUAGAAACGGACGAAGCCCUCUUUUUAGCUGGGGCCCCCAAGGGCCCAUUGCUGGAGAAGAUCCGUCCGCACAUCUUCUUCGAUGACCAGAUGUUCCACGUGGAAGGGGCAAAGGAGAUGGGCACCAUUGCGGCCCAUGUUCCCUAUGGGGUGGCCCAGAGACAGAGGCGCGCGGCUCAGGGAAUGAAGACUCCAAACAGCAAGUAGGGCCAAAGAGCAAAGGACUGGGCUUAGGCCAGCAUUUGGGAGGUGGAAGUCACCAAGGUCUUCCUCUUGCUGGUUAGAAAGUUCAACCCGUCUUCUGGGAUAACUAGAACCAAAGGUGCUAGAAAGGCAGAUGUCUGGUUUGAGUGAGUAGCCUGGAAGAAGAGGCCACCCUACUGGCUGUAGAUGUUCCACUUUGUGGAAAUGUCCUUCCUUCCAUUUGAGGGUCAAUGGUGUACAUCUGGAUCCACCACUCCUCCAUCCAGGUCACUUCUAGCUUCUAUCUCUUUGUGGUCCUUGGUUUCAGUCCUUUUAUCCAUUAUCAGCACUUUAUGGCUGAGGAUCACCUGAUCUCUUUGCUCUUGAAUGUCCGUGACGUCCUGAAUAUUUUCACUUGACCUUCAGUGGGUGAAAAGUGUGUGCAUUUCAUGCUUCCAUUGAGGACAUCGCACAGAGUUUGCCACGAAUGGUGCAAAUUUAAAGCACUAUGGAAAUAAUUUAGUUUUUCAGAGAAAGGGUCGGUCUCUAAAGUUAUGAAAGCAGAGGUAAGGUUGAAAAAUCAUGCAGCCAAUGCUUGCAGGCAUGUCUGGAACUAGAUUUCUCAGAAAGCAACCCCAAGAAAAGUGUAGCAUGAAACCCAAGAUUCCCAAAAGGAGAAGGAGAAGAACAUGAACAUCCCCAAAGCCUAGAAGCUUUGGAAGAAAAUUUCAGACUCUGCUUUUCCUGGAUUGGUGGGUUUCCAAUUAACCCCAAAUUUACCCAAAACUUGCACUAUCAGAAAGAGAAGGAUUGACAAGGGUCAAAGAGUUUGGCUCCAAACUCCAUACAAUCCCUUCUCUUUUUUUUAUGGAUCCCACAAGCCAAUUAAAUAUGCAAAGAGGGAUACAUUUCCCUUGAGUUUUACUUUGUUCAGAACAUUUCUUGGCACCCAUUUCUGAAUCUGGAUUCCAUCCCAUCUCUCCCUUCCCAGUUUAAAAUUAUACAUCAACAUAUACAUCAAAACAUUGACUAAAAUACAAACCAGCUUUGUUUGUAAAUGACUCCAGAGUCAGAACUGCGGAGCUCAAAAAAUGUUUAGACCUGACUUUGAGAGGAGAUAAAAAUACAGUUUUAACUACAGGAUAAAACUACUGUGUGGGUUGUUUAAUCCUUUCCCAAGAAGGAAAGAGAGUGAAGGAGCAGGCAGAGAGAGCAUGGGCUGCAUGUUGGUUUUAAUAUAUCUAUCUAUCUAUCUAUCUAUCUAUCUAGAUAGAUAGAUAGAUAGAUAGAUAUAUCUCUGUAUUGGAUCUGGUUUAAGAAGUCUUGGGUUCAAAUCAUCCAUAUUAGGCCUUAAAUCUCAUAAGGACCAUGGAUAAUGCACUCUUGUCUCCCAGGAUAAUCUGCUUUGAAGGGUUGUGGAUUAGAUCAAAUAAUUCACCCUUCCCACAUAUAUCUGUACACCAUUUCCUUUGAAAACAGGCAGAUGAUACAUGUCAUCAGUAUAAAAAGUGGAACCUUUUAAUUCCAGCCUUUCACCAGUCGCCACUCGUGUUCGCUUAUGAAGAAAACAGCAUUUUAAUGAUCACCUGUCACUUUUAUGGAUGUUUUCUCUGUAAUAAACUCUCUCUCUCCUUCUC